GUUGUCAUCUUUUCAUUUAACUUAACCCUCUGCUACGGUUUCCAAUUUUUUUUCCUUUUGAGUACUUGAUGGUGAACGUGAGCAUGUACAUUUUGUUUACAGACACAAAUGCUCAGCAUGCUAUAAGCAAUAUAAGAAGAAAGAGCAUCUUAUUGAGCAUAUGAGAGUUUCAUAUCACUCUGUUCAUCAGCCUAGAUGUGGAGUCUGCCUAAAGCACUGCAAAUCAUUUGAAUCAUUGAGGGUACAUCUAAUGGGUCCACUUUCAAAAUCAAAUUGUUCAAAAAUUUUCUCUGAGCAAGGUUGUGGCCUUUGUUUGAGAGUACUUGAUGGUCCCGAAACUCUCAGUGAGCACCAAGACAUUUGCUGCAUAACGGCACCUGUUCACCAAGGAACAAGUCUACCACCAACUGAUUUAUCCGAUGGUUAUGAAGAAGAUCGUUCUGAUCGAGGCCUUGGAGCAAUAGCUAUGGAUUGUGUAAUGGCUGGUGGAGGAAGUGAUGGUGCACUGGACAUUUGUGUUUGGAUAUGCCUUGUUGAUGAAGAUGAGAAAUUGAUUUUCAAUACUUUCGUACAACCACAAAUACCGAUCACGAACUACAGGCACGAAGUAACUGGGCUAAAGGAAGAACAUCUGAGGUAUGCUAUGCCACUGAAAAAUGUCCAGGAAAAAGUAUUGAAACUCUUGUUAAAUGGAGAAUCCAUUGGGAGAUUGAGAUCGAAUGGUGGUAAAGCUAAGCUUCUUGUCGGCCAUGACUUGGAGCAUGAUUUAGAUUGCCUGAGAAUGAAUUAUCCCGAUCAUAUGUUAAGGGACACGGCUAGAUAUCAUCCAUUGAUGAAAACAAAUUUGGUAUGAUAUUCGGCAAGAUGGGCACGAUCCUUACGAAAAUUGUGUAUCAGUUAUGCGAUUGUAUAAAAGAAUGCGUAGUCUUGAUCACCGUAGACAAGUUAUGACCCGAUCAGUUACUCCUUCCUGUAUCCAAUAUGUUGCUCCCAAUCUUGAUUCCCAUAGUGCAAAAGAUCUUGAAAAGAUGACUCCAGAUGAACUUUAUGAGAUGUCGAGAACAAACUUCAAGUGUUGGUGUCAUGACUCAAGACGAGUUAUGCAGACUUAGGAGCCAAUCAUUUUUGUUUUUGCUGGUAAGAAAAUGGCAUUGAUCAUUGUGGUGUCUGCAAUCUGUAUAGAGAAUACUUGUUUUGUUGAGAAAAAGGCGAGGUUCUUAGAGGAAAUGCUCCCAUGGUACUUGUUGGUUAAAAAAUGGGAAUAAUCUUAUCUUUUGUAUCUAUGUAGCCUUUCAAGACUUAAAACGAUAAAGGUGCACUUCCCUCAUCGGAGAUGUCUUACCAAUUUAUGGCAGUGUUUUAGGUCUCUUAUGGUGUUUGUUUUGUGAUAUAAACAAUGAGCCUUGAAAACCCAAGGACUUGUUUUUGAAUGGUGAAUGAGUUUGCUUAAUUA